AUGGAAGAGAAUGAACAUGACUGCCUUGCAGUAGUACAGCAUUCCAUUUCCCCCCGAGUGGAUCUGCAAACGGACCCUCUUCCAAAUCCAGACCUGAUCCUUUUCACAGAUGGGUCUUCACAUAGGCUGAGGGAUGACCUGCUCCUUGCAGGGUAUGCCAUAGUUGAUUUAUACCAAACAGUGGAAGCAUAUGCACUACCUCCGGGGACUUUAGCACAGGCAGUGGAACUCUCUGCAUUCACACGAGCCUGUAUACUGGCCAAGGAUCAGAUGGCCAAUAUAUACACGGACUCUCAUUACGCCUAUGGGGUGGUGCAUGAUUUUGGGCAUAUAUGGAAGAAUAGAGGUUUUGUUACCUCAGCAGGGAAGUCUAUAAAACGUUCACAGCUGGUGCUGAAUCUUCUCGAAGCUAUUCAACUGCCUAAGCAGCUAGCAAUUAUCAAGUGUGAGGCACACACCAGUGCCACAGACGAAAUUUCCCAGGGGAAUGCCCGGGCAGAUCAGGUAGCUAAAAGGGUCGCCUUGACUCAACAGCCUAUCCUACAGGGCCUUCGCCAGUCAUACAACCUCCCGCUCCCUGCUCUAGAGCCCUCUGAAUUGCGGACAGCGCUGCAGAAUUCCAGUCCGCAGGAAAAAAGAACGUGGGAAAAAGCCCACUGUCACUACAAAGAUGGAUUUUGGAUGGCUUCCUCAGAAUCUGUUCACAUAACCGACCUGUUCCAGAAGGACAAUUGCAGAAUGUAUCAAAUCCCUGCACUGCUCCACAUUCCGAACUCAAACACACUUUUGGCAUUUGCGGAGAGGAGACACGGCCCCAGAGAUGAAGAUGCUGAUGUGCUUUACCUGCGCAGCGGCACGUAUGACAAAUCUUUAAAGAAUUUUCAGUGGGAGGAUGCAAAACCUAUCCGGUCUGCACAACUAGAGCAAUACCGAUCCAUGAAUCCUUGUCCCGUCUAUGAGAAAAACACGGACACUGUCUUUCUCUUCUUCAUUGCAGUUGAAGGAUCAAAGACUGAGCAAGAGCAAAUCAGUAGCGGAAAAAAUGCUGCACGACUUUGUUACGUUACCAGCAUGGACAAAGGGCAGACCUGGAGUGAAACUAAUGACCUAACAGAGUGUACCAUAGGUCACACCAUCAAUACGUGGGCAACAUUUGCUGUGGGUCCAGGCCACGGCAUUCAGCUAAGGAAUGGCCGUCUUGUUAUUCCUGCAAAUGCUCAUGAGAAACAGUCCAAUAACCAAGUCAGGGUAUGGGCUUUCACUUUCUUUAGUGAUGAUCAUGGAGAGUCCUGGCAGUUUGGGAACUUUGUUUCUGGGGAGGAGUGUGGGGAAUGUCAGGUGGUGUCAGUGGGUCAAGGCAAUGCAUCCAGUGAGCAAACUUUAGUGUAUUGUAAUGCUCGGAGCAAUAAGCAAAAGUAUCGGGUGGAAGCUUUCAGUGAGGAUGGUGGAAAAACCUUCACUGAAGGGCAACUGAGAAAACAGUUGGUUGAACCUCCAGGAGGUUGCCAUGGUAGCAUCAUCAGUUUUCCUGCCUCAGAUAUUUCACAUGUCAAAAGCUACCCUGAUAUUAUAAAGUAUCACUCUCAAAGCGAUGAUGAUUCCUUAGACAUAAUAUUGUUCUCGCAUACCACAAGCUCCAAGUCAUUUGAGGAUUUAGGAAUUUACCUUAAUACUUAUUCAGGUCGUCUUCAAACCUGGACAAAGCCUUGGAUCAUUGCCCCUGGUAAAUGUAGUUGUGGUGAAGGGUCCUUGGCCCAGAAAGGCCAACUCCUGCUUAACUUGCUGCAGCCACUUGUGCCAUUCAUUUUAAUGGGGCUGCACGAGGUCCAACCAGCACAGGCUCAGGGAGCAUGUUACUUGGUCUGGGAGCUGGGAGGCCUGCGCAAGUUCAUGCUGUCCUGA